AUGUCCAUCCUCUCACCCAUCACCUCUAUUCCCAUAUUUACACACACUAUCACUUAUAACUAUAUCAUCAAACACGCCCACCUCUCAUCCGUCCUAACCCCACCCACCACGCUCCUUCCCAUCGCCGCGUGUGCGUCACAGGAGUUCCCCUGCAAUCCCCCAACAGGUUACAACACCACCACAUGCAACGCUCUCCCCUUCGCCACAACGGCACCCGACUGUCAGCCUGUACCUACCUCACCACCACCCACCACGUGCAUGAACGGGCAGCUGUCGGCCAUGGCGCUGCCGGUGAUCUUGCCUCAGUGUAACAUGGGAGAGAUAGAUAAUAUGUGUCUGCUGUGUACACUGUACCGUAACUACCAGAUUCCCCAGCCCUCGUGUUACCGUUUGUUGGACGGGUCACAGACCACGUGGGAAGACCCCACGGAUUUGGAGUACGCGUUCAUUGUGCUGUACACAGUGUUUGACUCAGCACUGUUCCUGGUGGCGGGGCUGUUUGCUGUGGUGGCGAUUCCGUUGGCGUUAAAACUGCCCAAUGAGAAGCACCAGCGCACCCAGUUCAUGCUCUUCACUCUGGCCAUCAUCUGGAACUGCGGGUCAUGGCUGGUGCAUUCUACAGUCCACGGGGUAGCGGAGAAGCCCAUGCCUGCGUGGAAGUGGCUGACCAUCACCAUUGUGUUCCAUUGGGGUACUAUGCUGGCCAGUGCCGUGAUUGUGUACUGCAUGUUUGAGAUCAUCACUCUCUCGUACGCGUACUCCAAGAGUGAAAUGCGCACCACCCAGCCGGGUGUCACCACACAGCCACAAGGCAUGGGCCAACCAGACGGUACGCAGACAUCGGGCGAAUGGGGAUCACGCGACAUGCCUCUAGACACAGCAGCUGCACUCUGGCACAGUGCAGAUGUGUUACGGGACGAAGGUGUGGGUGUACGUGAUAACGAAGGCGUGGGUGUGGGUGUGAAUGAAGCGAGGGUAGCGCACGUGGAGAUGGCGGAAAGGGCAUUACAUGUAGGGAGUGACACGCACGCGCAUGAGGUGUAGUGGGAAUAGUAAGUCACACCCCACACUCAAAGGUGGUGUAGUAUUAGAGUUUUUAGUUUGAAUUUAGAGUUUUUAGGUAAAUCAGUAGGUAGAGUACAAGCCUACCUACCUAUGAUUAAUAGGUAGAGUACCAGUCUACCUACCUAUGAUUCGUCGUCUUUGGCACGGGACGGUGCUGCUAUGCAAUGUUGCACAUAGCCACACAAACAAGGCUUAGGUUUUUUUAGGGUUUAAGGGAAAACCCAAAACCCAAAAAAACAAUGAGAUGGCAACUCCGCCCUGAGAUCCUAUAUGACUUGAUCCCGUUAGUGCGUUCGUGAAAACGUUAAACGUCACUAUGUGCGAAAAACGAGGAUAGUGGAACGGAUGAACUGGUGACUACACAGCCACUUGCUGUGCUGUGCACAACAUGUGCUGUAGGAGAGUACGUCUACGCUUAUCUGUCAGCGGAGCAUGACGUAUAUUUACUUACUCCCCUGAGAGAGUAUAUUUGCGUGAUCCAUCAGGCGAACAUAUAUACGUAAGCCAGCAGACGAACUUGUUUACGUAUUCCAUCAGACAUACAUGUUUACGUAAUCCAUCAGAC